GAUUGACUUUUGCGGGGAAGCCCCUGGGCUGCGAGGGAUGAUGCCCGCCGGGAUUUCGGGUCAAUCGUCAAUCCUCAACUGUACGAUAUACUGUGUAAUCCACUGUUUCGUGCCAUCCUAACAGCCGAGUUCUUGCUCGUUGCUUCGCUGCUACCUAGUUGAUUGCCACACUCCGCCAUGGCGCUCAGCGCAGCCCAUGUCCGCAUCGCGCGGCCGACCGACGACAUCGACCGGCUGCUGCCGUUCUACCGCGACGGGCUGGGCUUCGAGGUGUUGAUGCGCUUCGCCGACCACGAAGGGUUCAGUGGCAUCAUGCUCGGUCACAAGACGGCGGCCUACCACCUCGAGUUCACACAGCACGAAACCCACCGGGCGGGGCGCGCUCCCACGCAGGACAAUCUCAUCAUCUUCUAUCUUCCGGACAGCGAGAACUAUGCCCAGGCGGUCGCGCGGAUGGAGGAACACGGCUUUCCGGCGGUUGUGAGCUUCAACCCUUACUGGGACCGCUGCGGCAAGACGUUUGAGGAUCCCGACGGGUACCGCGUGGUGCUGGCCAACAUGACCGCUCCGCACCUGCGCGAUGUCUAAGUUCUUAAGUCGAUGGUCAGGAUGUACACUAAAUGCAUGUACAUACAUACCGUUCGCAAAUGCCAACCAAAACUGGAGCAUUUCGCCUGGGCCUUUGGAUACCGACCUUCCCAACAUUUCCCAACCUCCGGAUUACCACAGUACAUCAAUCGGCGACGGCCUCGAGCCACGCGACCAUAACCCGCUCGUACACAGUACCCCGACGAUCACUGCCACAACAGAAGUGCGGGGAUGGAACCCAAAAUUGACGAGGUCUUCGGUCUCCCACUGCAACUGUUGCACGGCAUGCAUCGAGUCGCGCUGUUGCAUUACGGAUAAAGUGAGGUGCGCGAGUUGCAUGCAGGGCAGGGGAUCUCCGAGGCAAGGCACAUCUUCAUCUGGGAGGUCAAAAGUGGGCUCGAGCCUCCUUUCCCGUCCCUUUAUCCCUUAUCCGCCCUCCCAGGCGCCUGGUCCAGUCCCUUCAAGUUGCCCUCCCAAGC